AUGAACUCACCGAAACCGACACCAAAUAUCAGACAAGUGUCCGAUAUUAUCGGUGAAUGGGGUCUAUGGCAGCUAAAUAUAGUUAUGUUUUCAUUAAGUUGCAAUAUAUUUCUGGCAUUAAAUACACUUAGUCUACCGUUUUAUGCACCAACCAUUAACUACUGGUGCUCAGAUAACAACAACACUAAUAAUAUUGCUACCGGUGCUGCAGCUGCUGAUGAUAUUGACAUCAAUAAUCAAUGUCUGAAUGGUUGUCAAAACUGGACGUUUGAUAAAUCAGUAUUUAAAUCGACAAUCAUUGAUGAGUGGCACCUAAUCUGCAAUCGUCGGGAACUAUCAUCGCUAACCCAAUCGUUACAUAUGUUGGGCUACGGUCUGGGAGCCAUCAUAUUUGGCUAUCUAUCGGGACGUUUUGGCCGCAAACCAGUACUAUGGAUGACAGUUACAUUGGAACUGCUGGCCGGCCUAUCCAGUGGACUGGCCAUCAAUGUAAUACAUUUUACACUAUCCCGACUCGUAUUGGGAAUGGCAGUAAACGGUCGUUAUUUGAUAUCAUUUAUAUUGGUUACCGAAAGUAUUGGACCUAAAUAUAGGGCAUCAAUGAGUCUAUGUUUUCAUUUGGGUUGGGCACUCGGUUAUUGUCUAUUACCGGGUAUUGCCUAUUUGUUGCCAAACUUUCGCCAUAUGAUAUUAGUAACAUCUAUACCGGAAAUUUUAUGGCUCGUAUGGCUCUAUUGGAUACCCGAGUCGCCCCGUUGGCUGAUAACACAAACUAAAUGGGAUCGCUUGGAACCGGUACUCAAACGGGCUGUCCAUAUGAAUUCAUUGCCAAUAAGUGACUUUCAGUGUCAGUUUCAAUCGUUGAAAAAGUAUUAUAUAGGCGAUGAUAAAAAACUAAUAAAAAGUUAUAAUAAUAAUAACGAAAAUAAACGGUCAUAUAUUUGGGAGGUAUUAAAGUUGCCCAACUUGAGGAGGACAACCAUAAUCAUGUACUUUACGUGGUUUGUCAAUGCAUUUGUCUAUUACGGCAUAUCGUUAAAUAUCGGUGACUUUGGCUACAAUUUGUUUAUCAACUUUUUGAUUGCCGGCCUACUGGAGAUUCCGGCCACAUUGUUGCCGAUAGUUGCCAUCAAUUAUAUGGGUCGCCGGCCACUUACAGCAGGACUUAUGUACGCGAGUGGAAUGUCGUGUUUAGCUAUAGUACCGUUGCUGACGCUGUCGUCUGACUGGCCCCGAGUAACCAUUGCAUUGAUUGGCAAAUUUUUCAUUACCAGUUCGUUUGCUGUUAUCUUUCCAUACGCUGCCGAAGUCUAUCCAACUGUGGCCAGAGAUGCCGGUGUCGGCUCGUGUUCGGUGGCCUCAAGUGUCGGCAGUAUAUUAGCGCCGUUUAUCAAAGAUAUGAGUUUAAGCACCGGUAUGAAUGUUGUGCUAUACAUUUUGGGUGGUCUGUCCAUUGCUGACGGUUUGACCGUACAUUUUCUGCCCGAAACUCGUGGCCAACAAAUUGCCGAUACUGUAGCCGAAGCCGAACAAAUCAAUAAGUAUUAG